CGGACUCCUUCCGGCGGCCCUCCGCCGCACGAACGGGGUGCCGACGGUGCUAUUCUGAGUCGGUUUGGUUCCGUUCCAGAAAGGCUUUCACCAACAGUGACUCUUGCGUUCCGCGUCCGCAUUGAGGCCGAAGUGCGGGCACUCGAGCAAGAACUGCAUCUGCACCUUCCCAAACAGAUCAAGGAAGCUCGCGAGCACGGCGACCUUUCCGAAAACGCGGAGUACGAAGCCGCGAAGGACCGCCAAGCCUUCGUGGCCGUCCGUCUCGCGCAACUCAAGCGACGUCUCGCGGAUCUGUCCAUGGUGAGCCUGGACAACAUUCCGGCGGAUCGCGUGUCGCUCGGCAGUGAGGUCGUGGUGGUGGACCUGGACACCCAAGCGGAGUCCCGGUACGAACUGGUGGUCAGCGAGGAAGCGGACGCCUCGGUCGGCAAGGUUUCCACCGGAUCUCCGAUCGGCAGGGCGCUCAUGGGAGCCCGGGUGGGAGAUGAGGUGAACGUCCACACGCCGGCGGGAGAGCGGGAGUUCGCGAUCCGCGAACUCCGCACCAUUCACGAGCGGAAAGCCUCCUGA